UUUUUCCUAGAACUUUGAGCGCGUUGAAUGACAUCGCUGCAGAAAAAGAAAGAUCCCUAGCGGUCGAGACUUCUUGGACCUCCAAUAAUGAUGCAUUUGUAUGUUUUCCGGAAAUAGACUAUCUACAUUCAUUAGGACUCCACAAACCUUUUUCUUGAACUGGAUUAAACCAACUACCAUAUUGAUUGCUCCUUUAUCUCUCCUUUGUGUGAUUCAUCUUCUUUCUCUCCACUCUUCAGUUUAGCGUUCUUCAACGAAACAAACAAACAAAAUUUUUAAAUAAAAAUGGAUUAUCAACUCAAAAUUAUUGUUAUAGCAGUCAUCGCCAGUGUUUUGGUUGGGGGACUGGUUCUUACAGUAUGUUGUUGCAUAAAUAACAAGCAGAAACUUCGACUGCCUGAGCCGCCGCAGGUUCAACGGAGGAUGAUAAUCAGGGAUCCUACACAUCAGCCAAGGGGAAUUCAUGUGAACUAUGUGUGCGAAAGAAGACUAGAAAAGCUAAUGUGGUUCAUGUCGGCAAGUUUAUCGGCUCAUGUCGUCAAGUUUACCAAAAUACAUUGAAGUCAACGGACAUUGUGGACUAGCUAUAUAUAUGAAGGGUCAAUGUAUCAUUUACACGUAUCAGAAUACUUUGACAUUUAAUUUUGCUACAACGAUGGUGAUGUUUCGUCUGUUCUGCUGUUUUAUCAGCUGCACCAAGAUAAGACCGUCGUCGCCUCCACGGCAAGUGGUUGAAACGGGCAAGAAAGUUCCACCGUUUCCUCCUCCAUCCAAAGUGGUCAAAGCGGAGAAGAAAAAGCCACGGCCUUCUCCGAGGCCCCCCGUAAAGGCUUCAGGUCGUCGCAAACGCUACGGUAAAGACGCUGGCGGUGUCGCAGGCUGCGGUGGUGGAUGUGGGGGUGGUGGAUGUGGAGGCGGCUGAUAGCUAGUUAUAUUGAAGACUUGAGGUUUCGUAGUUAACUGUGAUUAUUUUCUUCUGCGCAGGGUGUUGUUUUAUAUGUGUAUGUUGAUUUUAACAUGUAAUCAUCAAAAUUAAAUGUAUCAAUAUAAUUAGAACAGCAGCUUUUAUUUUGA